UUCCAGGUUUUUUGUUUGGUACAUUGUUGUAACCUUCUCAUUUGCACUCGUCGUAAUCUCAGUGACUCAGCGCCAUAACUCUUCCAAGUUGAAUACGUUAUUACUAUAACAGAGUUAUUUGAGAUUAGAUGAAAUACUCUGAGCUAAAGAUGCAGCAAAUAAGCAUAUUACUAUGAAUAACAGCAAUUGUAAUUGGCGUCACAACAAGAGUGUUCUCACACCGGCAAUGCAUGGGCGACAGAGAAAGUUAGGCACAUUUGAAACGUGGUGUACUGGAGUUGUAGCUACAGUAUUGAUGUUGGUUGCAAUGAACGAAUGAAACUGUGUAGCUGUAGCAGAAACGUGUGUUUGAAUUCUGAAAUGAAUGAAACUUUCUGAAGGAAGAUGCGUGUGGUGUUGUGGCAAUGUUUACGUGCGAUACGACAGAAAUGUAGUAGCACACACGUAUACACAAUGCAGGAAAAGUUUCAAAAGCAUUUUCGUGCCGACUAUAGGUACAAGAAAAAUAUUGUGGAAUUAGAAACAUCUGCCUUAACUCAUGUGAAAUGUACACUCGAACAUAACUAUGAGGAUUGUGAAAAAAUGUUAUCAGAAUUGACAACCGAACAGUUUCCAUUAUUUUUAUAUUUGUUAAAUAGUAGAGACGUGCUGUUCAGGAUCGAAAAUAUUCGUUUCUGGGAACAAGUUGACAUUGAAUGUUGGAGGAGGUUUAAAAACACGAGUCCUGAAGACAUUCUUAAAGUAUUGGAUGGAUGGAUGUAUUGUCUCCCUAACAGAAUAACACAGUUAUUAUUUUAUUCACGCACACUUAAUAGAAUGAAGCUCUGGUUUAUAUUCAGAGUUUUGUCUGUUCAGCAGUGGGUGCUGUGUGUCUUUUUCAUUGGUCUUGGAAAGAGGAAUAACACAAAGUUAAUGAGGAAAGCACUUAUGGCUUGUGACUGGCAAGAAAUAGUAAAUUCCUUGACACUGUUGGAUUUGUGCAUUGUUCUAAAUGCAAUCUACAAAACUAGCACAAGGGUUCAAGAUUUAAGCCUGCCUGUUGCAGUAACUCAAAAAUUUAAGAAUGAUUUGGAUAAUAUUAUCUUGGAAACUGAUGUGUUUACAACAAUAAUAAAAUUUCUUAGACAGGCAGGAUAUCAUGAUAAUCAUCUGAUGAAUAACAUCAUUGAACUGAUAAUGUCACACCAGUCAGUAUUAAGUACUAUGAACUUUACUGCAGAAGUUCAUCUUCUUGCAUUCUAUGCCGAAGCUCGUUUUUACGAACGUGAUUUUAUUUCAACUUUGAUUGGUGAGUGCCUCAGAAACCUGGUGUUGCAUGGCACUAAGACUUCUUUCAGAUCGUACUUAACUGAACAUCCAAGACCCAAGGAUAUAACUAGAUUUUUGUGGGCCGUGAGUUAUCUUGGUUGUGAUUUAGAUAAGAAAGACCUUGAUGAAAUAAUUGUGCCUCAGAUUAAACAAAGAAUGCUUCACCAUGAAUACCGGAAUCAACCUGAAGAAGUAAUUGGUAGUUUACUGUAUCUCUGGAUGCUUGGAGCAAGACCAGUAACGUUAUUUGAAAAGAUGGUGACAGUUGAUUUAAUGCGAAGACUAAAAGGGAAACAGCGAAUUCGGCAUAAUUCACGUUUUUGCUUGUUACUGUCUGCUGUUCAGAUAGAGAGACCAAACAUUGUUCAAACUGAACUUUUGAAGGAAAUGAAUUUGUUGAAAAUUUGGAAACCGAAGUUGGAACUUCAUUUGCAAAGAAGAGAGCAACUCUGCAAUGUUUUAAUGGCCAUGAAAAAUCUUGCUGGAACUUUAAAACUAAGCAGAGUAAAAUGUGAAUUUAGUGUGCCACAUAUUUACAUAGCAGGAAUAACAGCUGAAGCAUCGGAUGGCACACAGAUAAAUGUAGAAGUACUGGAUUCAACUGUUUGUUUACACAAAUCUGAGUUACCAGAUGGCCUCAUGAAAUUUAAGUUACAACUAUCAGAGGCCCUUGGAUAUACAAACAUAGUGAUGCUAGAACAAAACCUUGACAAGAUUGAAGGUACUGAGAACUUUUACAGUCAUGUGGAGGAUCAGCUCAGGAAAGUGAUUGAAUGUAACAAAUGGAAAAAUCUGUGAAUCAGUACGUAUAAAGUAGAUGAGUUUCGCCCAGUGUCUUCUGAUUCAAAAAUUGAUCAACUUCUGGCUGAGGUCUUUGAUGCUGAUAUGAGGUCUUUGAUGCUGAUAAUUGUGGUAUAGAAAUUGGUGAUGCUGCUGAAGUUCACAUUAAGGGAUUAACAACAUCUGAAGAAGAACUUCAAGAUGUUUCAGACAAUGAAUGUUCAAUAGUGCCAACAUGAGCUAUUGAAACUCCAUCUCUUAGAGAUCCAACAUGCCAUUCCCACCAUAGAACAGAAUUUUCGUCCAGUAUCUUGUCUUCCAUGAUAUCAACAUCAACAGGUUCUGGUGCAAACUCUAUCAUUACAGGAGUUAAGAAACCAUUUGAAUAUUUCUGUCAGCAUUUAAAUAAAGAUUUGUUUAAAGUAAUAUGGCUGAAAAACAAAUGUGGAACAUUUUAUCACAAGAAAAAUCUCUCAACACCACCCCAGAUGAAAUCAAGAAGUACUGGGCUGCAAGCACUGUGAUAUCACUUCUUGGUUCUUUUAAGUGUAGGAUAUGUUGGGAACUAAUAUAUUAGAUAUCCAAUGGCAGAGAUCAGUUCUAGAGUAUGCCUCAAGGUGGUUGUUGCCAGUAUGUCAGUGACAAUGAAAAGACAGAUGACAGACACUGGAAAGUGAGACCAUUGUUGUCAAUGACUAGAAAAGCAUUUAUGCAGAAUGCUCACCCAGAAAUGGUUUCUAUUGAUGAACAAAUGGUG